AUGGGUCUCCUCGACGACCCAAAUCACACCACCCCAGACCCAAAGAAAACGCAAAUAAAUCUGACAGGUUUCCUCACGGCAUCAACGCCCUCGUUCAUUACUACUCUCUGGUCUCUACUGCUGGAGGCUCAGGAGCGUCCCGCAGGUGUGCCACAAACGUUUGUGGAGAAUAAAGAGGAAGUGUGCAAAGCCCGCGAGGGCAACGUGUAUGCCAUAGGCGAGAGAGACAGGAGGAUCCAAGAGAUUUAA